AUGCUGAGACUUUUUCCACUAGUUCUACUUCUGCUUCGAACGUCACUCGGUGGGGCAGGCACUGCUCCACUCCGGAGCUCGAAGAAUUCACUACGAAGGCUCAAAGGAACUACUCUUUAUGAAGACGAUCCGUGUGUGGAUGCGCAAGAGAUUAAAGAUGUCGCAUCAGUGAAUUUUCCUCCGAGUUAUGCUGCCGUGACUCGCCCUUGGCUACGAAGCGAUGUCCCGGUCAAGGUGUACACGAGCUAUGGUUUGUUACAUCAGUGGAAAUGGGUCAAAAACCUACCAGUCAGAGGACUAGAAAAUAACAUUACGGUUGACCAGGUGAUUCGAUUCUUGGAUCACCACAAUUGCUUAUUUCUGGCCACUGGCGAUGUCGUCUGGAAAUCGCUCCUCAUGGCUCGACCAGUCCUAAUAGAAGGCGAAAUUAGUUGUUCAAUUUCAAAUCUAUACUCGAAAUGCGUGAAGAAGUAUGGGAAAGAAGCAUGUGGAUUAUUUCCCGUGGAGGGGAAGAGUGGCCAUUAUCGCCUGGAAAUCGGCGAUCUUAAGUCGAACCGAUCGCUGAACUCCGAAUGGUCCUACCCUUUGGUACUCUACGAAUGGGGAUCCACACUUGGAUUAUCUACAACUCAAUGGUCAUUUACUUUGACAACGAUGGCUAUUUACGAUGACGGUGCUGAUCACGUUUAUCUCGUGGAUAUGACUGGUCGUGGAUUCGUAGACACAUGUGGGGAACGCCUGGCCGCUCCUGUCGAGAAAGUAAGGUGGAAAGAAUGGUCCGAGGACAAUCCAUCAAAGCUUUAUC